UGGGGGACGACCCCAAGAAGAUAUUUGUGAUAAGUAUGAUGUGGUAGACAAUGGAAAAGGAAAACAUAGAGGAGCAUGUUGUAGAUACUGUUCUACAUCUUGGGCUCGAGGAAGGGCUCAAGAUAUAAAAUCUCACCUAGCAUUGAAAUGUAAAGAAAGAGUGCCCAGAAAAGUUCAGACUAAAUUACUUUGGGACAUUCAAAUUUCUGUAUUUGACUGUAUAUAUUUCAAGGAUUAUACUAAAAUAUUGAAUCCUGGGUAUAAUUCACCUAAGCGAACCUCAUUAGCAUCGUCAAUUCUUGAUAAGGAAGCAGUAAAUAUCACAUUAAAAAUAGAAAAAGAAUUAUCAAAAUCGGAAAAUCUUACAUUAUGUGUAGAUAGUUGGUGUAUUCCAAUGAAGCAUAGUAUAUAUGCAUUUGUGAUAAUAACAGAUAAUAGGAAGCAAUAUGUCCACUUGUUGUGUAAUUUCUCGAUAUAUUCUCACACUGCAAAUUUCAACGCUGAAAAAAUUCUAGAAGUACUAGAAAAAGUUGGGCCUGAAAAAUUUGUCACAGUAGUUUCUGACGCAGAAUCAGCAAUGAUAGGGGCAAAUAGUAUUUGUUGUUUACCAUAUGCGCAAAAAGUUCUUUCUAAUUGUCAAGCAAUUAUAAGUUUUUUUAGAAAGUCCUAUAUAGCUGGUGCCGCCCUUAGAGAAAAAAUUGUAUCCUCUUUUACUGUCGGUGGAAAUUUAAAAUCGACCGCUAUUCUCUUUCACUCAAAUAUUAGAUCGGUUUUAGAACAGGAGCCUCAAGUCUUUGAUCGUUCAAUUACUGUAAAAAACUUAAUUACUAAUCGUCAGUUUUGGAUUGAUGUAGAGCAAUUGCGGAAUAUCCUCGGCCCGGUAAAACGGGCCGUAAAAGAUGUGAAGUUUCGAACAACUUUGUUAGCAGAUGUAUUCGUUGAACUAAUCAAAAUGGCAAUCGCAAUUCAAGGAACCUCUGUUUUGUACAACAACCAGUUUUGGCAUGAUUCUUAUCGCGGUAAUUUUCUUGAGCCUGGAGUAUAUAAAACUCAUAUCCAAAAAAAAGCAAUAGAAGUAUGGAAACAACUAGGUGGUGGUGAUAUAAGCGCAGAUUUUUUAAAAGCUCAAAUAAACUUAUACAAAAACAAAAAAUAUCCUUUUGAUAAUGAAUUUGUCGCAUCUGUUGAUACAAUUACUAAUUGGUGGAUGUUUAUAGAUCUUAAGAAAAAUGAAGAACAUAUUAAAUGCCUUGCUACAAAGCUACAUUCUAUCUCCCCCCAUAAUGCUGCAUGUGAACAUGUCUUCAUUGAAAAUAUCAAGUUAGAACUUAAUUAUGUAGAUCAAGAUAUUUGUCAAGAAGAUUUUAUAUCGAUUUUUAACAAAAUCGCAAGCUCUAUGGAAGAUAGGUCUGAUCUGUUUAGUGAGAAAGAUUCAUUUUCUUAUAUAGAAGAACUUUCAGAACAAAUUGAGAGGGACGUGAAAGAGCUUUCAGAAUUAGAAGACUUAGUGGAAGAAAAUUCAACAAAUUUAGAAGUCGAAAAUCUUAUAAAUUUAUUAUCUAACUUAAAGAUUAAUAAGUCAGAUGCAAAUAAAGAAAUUGUAUAUAGAAAUAAAGAUUUUAAUAUAAAUGAUAUACUUGGUCUAUUAUCAGUAAAAAUUGUUAAUAAUAUAUUGAAAUUAAGCUGUCUACCAAAAAAAGCAACUAAGAUGAGAACUACAUCUCAAGAUAUCUGUGAACAAAUAUUAAAACUUGCAAAAAAGAGUCUAACACCCUCAGAACUCUGUAUACACCUUUGGAACUUGUAUAAUUUUAAACCAGUUAAAGACAUUACUAUGAAUAAAAUUCUUCGAAUCUUAAAGUCUCAUGGUCUUGCGCCCAAAAUUUCUGAAGACCUUUAUCAUUUGAUCAAGAAAGCUAUUGCUGUUCGUAAGCAUUUGGAAUAUAAUCAUCACGAUAGAGAUGCCAAAUUCCGUUUAAUGUUGAUUAAAUCAAGAAU